CACCUUGCCCGCUGGGGCCCCAGGGAUAUGGAACAAUGCCUUCAAUUAAGUUGCAGGGCUCCGAUGGAGAGAUAUUUGAAGUUGAUGUUGAAAUUGCAAAACAGUCUGUAACUAUCAAGACCAUGUUGGAAGAUCUGGGAAUGGAUGAUUAUCCAGUUCCUCUACCAAAUGUUAAUGCAGCAAUUUUUAAAAAGGUAAUUCAGUGGUGUACCCACUACAAGGAUGAUCCUCCUCCUGAAGAUGAUGAGAACAAAGAGAAGCAAACAGAUGAUAUUCCUGUUUGGGACCAAGAAUUCCUCAAAGUUGACCAAGGAACCCCUUUUGAACUUAUUCUGGCUGCAAACUACUUAGACAUUAAGGGUUUGCUUGAUGUCACAUGCAAGACCUUUACAAAUAUGAUCAAGGGGAAAACUCCAGAAGAGAUUCACAAAACAUUCAAUAUCAAGAAUGACUUCACUGAAGAGGAAGAAGUCCAGGUAAGCAAAGAGAACCAGUGGUGUGAAGAAAAGUGA